GUCGCAUGAGGGCGCUCGUAAAUUCCACUAACACUUGUUGUUUUAUGACAUCACUUUCGAUUUUCCUUAGCAACCUGUACAAGGAACUAAACGUGUAGUCUCUGCCACCACGGUUGUAUUUUUUACAUAACAGCAAAAGAAUAUUUACCAAGUACAACAGGACUAUACCAAGAUGUCUGUUCUACCACCACUGUUUCCCUAUUCACAGGCACCACCCCCUCAAGGAUAUCACCUGCCACCACAGCAAGGCUACUACCUACCACCACCACAGCAAGGCUACUACCUACCACCACCACAGCAAGGCUACUACCCACCACCACCACAGCAAGGCUACUACCCACCACCACCACCACAGGAACAGAUGAUGAUGAUGUCUAACAACACUGUUGUGGUAGCCGGUGCAGCUCCUGCACCUCAAAAAAUCAUACAAACUCAGCUACGACAAGGAGUAAACCAUUGCUUGCAUUGCGUUAUAACAUUCUUCUUUUUUCCAUGGGUAAUUGUAUGGAUUAUCUUGAACUAUGGGGCACAUAAAAAUUCCAAGACGUAUUUCCAAAGAUCAUUAUCUUAUAAAGCAACAGUGAAAAGAUCAGAAACAUAG